AUGUGGAAGCAAAAACAGCAGAAGUUGUUUAAGUCCCAAUUUGCCCUCCAGAAGAUGGGCACUCUGUACCGCCGCGGCACCAGAGCCAUGCCCGAUCUCGUCGUCGCCCACGUCCACGACGACGUCACGGAGCCCGAGCUCCGGUUGUUUCUGAGGGUGUUGCACCGGUCCGGCCUCACGUCCAGAGCGGACGUGGCGUUCGUCUUCGCCUCCUCCGGUUCGAGAUUCGGGUCCGUAAUCCAGGAAGAGAACUCCUCGUUCUUAGUGCUGCUCCGCCGUUACGGGGGCGUACACCGGACGGCUGCGUCGAGGGAAAAACCCGGUUUGGGAUUCGACGCGGCUCAGUUCAUCAAGGCCGGGAAAAAGGAUAUUGAAGAGCCCCUCUGGGGGAAAAAGGGUGCACACUCGGAAGGCGACGGUGAGUUGACUCGGUUUAGUUAUGGGUCAGUUGUGGGGUUCGAGGCGGGCGAGCUGGACCCGGAAAACUCACUAUCCGGAUUCGUGGAGCACGUAGUGCCGAUGAGCCUGCGUCGGUGGGCGUGUUACCCGAUGCUUCUCGGCCGCGUUCGAAGAAACUUCAAGCAUAUUAUGUUGGUGGACGCGAAAAACUCCGUCGUGGUCAGGGACCCACUCGGCCGAGUCCGGCACCGGAGUCCCGAGUCGGUUCUUUUAUUCGCAAUGCCGCCGGGUAAGCACCCCAAGAAAAACUCCGACUCAACUCAGUCUCACGGCGCGGUUAAUUCCGUCGUUAUUACGGGCGGGGCCCGCGGAAUUCGGCGGCUGUCGAACACCGUGUUGACGGAAAUAGUUCGGGCCACCAUGCAGCACAAGAGGAAGAGCAUGGUGACCGAGUCGGGAAUUUUGAGUCAACUCGUUGCCAACCCAUUCGUAAGGAAGAGCAUUAAUCUGGUCACGUCAAGUGAGUCGGUGCCGGACCCGAGUUCAAUCGGCGGAGCAGCGGGGCUGUCCGGCGGGCACACAAUUAUCCAACGUGGUAAUAGUAAUCACGACGAGCUUAAGUCUAUUAUUAUGAAGCAAAUUUGUUUAUUAGAAAUAGAUUCUUCUGUCUAUAGGGAUUGUUAG